CUCAGCGCACCUCCCUCGCUUAUUUUAUAUACGGCUGAACGGAACGCGAACCGGCCCGCGUUAUUUCUACUCCGCCAGUAUUAUUAUGUGGUAUCAUGUUGCAGACGGAUCAAGUUUCCCCAGUCAAUACGGAGUAGAGUGUUAUUCGCCGAUCUUCUAGUAUUAGAUGCGGAAAAGGCUCUAUAGCAAAGCAGACGGUAGGCAAAAGUUUUUAUUGUCUGAAAAAAAAGUUUUUAGUUAAGAAAAAUAAAUGGAUAAAAGUGAGAAUUCAGCGGAUGGUGAUGAGGUUACGAAGGAAUCGGUCUCAAUAAAACAUGAACCGGAAGGAGAUACUAUUAAGAAUUAUGCUGAGCAUACUAUGAAUGAACUAUUGGGGCUAUUUGGCUACGAUGAUAAAGUAAAUAGUACCGACACAGAAAAUCUAAACCUCGAGAAUUACACGGAAAACAACGACAGCGAUUCGCCGACGUCAGAGACAAGUAGUGACGUCAAAAAUAAGAAAAGACGUCCCUCUGAUAGACUGAAGUCAAGUCUUAGGCGCAAGUUACUGCCCCUGGACGAAAACGCUUUAGCACAGCAGCAUAUGAACCUGGUCACAGCACUUAAAAGACGAGAACUCGAAGAAGCUGCGGCAUCGGAAGAUACUGAAUCCCGUUCUGAAAACGAAUCUAGUCAGGAGUGCGCUUGGUGCCGGAAACCAGGAAAUAAACAAAUCUCAUUGGAUACGACGGCUGGUUCUAAAGUUUUCUGUAGCGAGGUUUGCUUUACGCAAUGUAGGCGGGCCUCUUUCAAAAAGAGCAAGACAUGUGAUUGGUGUAAACACGUAAGGCAUACAGUGAACUACGUGGAAUUUCAGGACGGAGAAACACAGUUACAAUUUUGUAGUGAAAAGUGUUUGAAUCAGUAUAAAAUGAGUAUAUUUUGUAAGGAGACACAAGAACAUUUACAGAAAAUGAGCAAAAAUGGAGAGGAAUCAUCUAGCGACAAGGACGGAGAAAGAGAAAUACUUAUAACCCCUGAGUUAUGGAUGCGUAGUGAGCAUGCGCGACGAGCAGCAGAAGCGCGUGAAUCUGCGCGUGAGCGCGAGCGUCAAGAGCGACGUGAAGAUAGAGAAAAUAGUAAAAAAACAUUUGCAAUAAGUGCAGAAAAACUGCCGUCGCAGAAACUAAACAAUAAAACCGACAGUUCCGGAAAAAUGCGAAUUUCUCUACUUGAUCAUAUAAAGAGUGAAGCUAAACAUAGACGCAGCCUGUCAGAAAGGGAACAGGAUAGAACCAGUCCUGUGCGGUCUGAACCUCAGGUAACAUCACCUUCCCCGCAGAGCGAAACAACCUUCCCAGCACAUAUGCUUCACCCAUCGGUAGCAAUGGCCCCGUGGCUGCAUCAGGCACAUUUAAUGGGUGCAUUUCCGCCAGGCAUUUUACCUUAUGG